UAAAAAUCUCGCAGUGAUGGCUGCGCCGCCCGAUGUUGAGAGUUUAGAGUCUCGUAUCAACAAAGCCACAAAUCCACUCAACAGAGACACAGACUGGAUCAGCAUCCAUGCCUUCUGUUACCAGCUCAACAAUGAAUUGGAAGGACCUCAGCUGGCCACCAGACUCCUGGCUCACAAGAUCCAGUCACCACAGGAGUGGGAGGCCAUGCAGGCCCUGCUGGUUCUGGAGACAUGUAUGAAAAACUGUGGGAAAAGGUUUCACAGUGAAGUAGGCAAGUUCCGGUUUCUAAAUGAACUAAUCAAAGUGGUUUCUCCAAAGUACCUGGGCUCACGGUCACCAGAGCCAGUAAAAAAGAAGGUUUUAGAGUUGAUCUACAGCUGGACUCUGGGUUUACCUGAGGAGGCCAAGAUCUCAGACGCCUAUCAGAUGCUGAAGAAACAAGGGAUUAUUAAACAAGACCCAGAACUUCCACCUGACAAACUACUGAACCUUCCUCCACCAAGACCCAAGAAUGCCAUUUUUGAGGAUGAGGAGAAGUCAAAAACGCUGUCUCGUCUGUUGAAUAGCUCGCACCCCGAUGACUUGAAAGCCGCCAACAAUCUUAUCAAGGAAAUGGUCCAGGAGGAUCAGAGGCGAGCAGAGAAGGUUUCAAAGAGGGUGAACGCCAUUCACGAGGUGAAGGAGAGCGUCUCCCUGCUGACUCAGCUUCUGCAGGACUAUGACAGCACUGCCAGCAACCAGAGCAAUGCUGAACUGCUGCAGGACCUGUACCAGCGCUGUGAGAAAAUGAGACCCACUCUGUUCAGACUGGCGAGUGAUACAGAGGACAAUGAUGAGGCCCUGGCAGAGAUCCUGCAGGCCAACGACAGCCUGACUCACGUCAUCAACCUCUACAAACAGCAGGUGAAGGGGGAGAUAGUAAACGGCAACAACACGCUAAACACACAGAAACAAACGGGAGGGACAGCGCUGCUCGAUCUGUCAGGACUGGACACAUCACCCCAGUCACCUCCGUCCUUCCCAGAGUUCCCCACACCCACAGACAGCCUCAAUGCCCCGUCACAGGAGAUGGGGAUAAGUCUCCUCGACGACGAGCUCAUGUCACUUGGUUUAAGUGAAGGAACACACACCUCCAACCCUGCCUCACAGCCUGAAGACUCCACAGCCUGGGACUCCUUCCAGUCAUCUGAAAGCAUAGAGGCAGAUGUUCCUGCAGUACCAAGUCUCCUGCUUAGUCCAGAACCACCCUCCCUCUCUCAGCCUCUCUCCUCUGGCUCCACUCCUGUAAACUCUGCCCUGGACGAGCUGGACCUGCUGGGGAAGACACUGCUGCAGCAGUCAAUGCCACCAGAGGGCCUGCAGGUUAAAUGGGACAAGCAACAGUGCAAACCUACUCUGAGAGAUCUGCAGAGCAAGUCUGGGCCCAACGUUACACCAAACCCCAUCCCGGUCUUUUCCUCUGAACACGCUGUUCCUCUCAACUCUCAGUCGAGUCUCGGGACCACAUUGCUGGACAUUUCCCAGACUCACACAGAGACACCUUCUGCUGAAAUCACCCUGACUGAUGUUUUUGUACCGCUAGAAUCUAUUAAGCCCAGUAGUCUUUUACCUGUGACUGUGUUUGACAGACACAGUCUGCGGGUUCUCUUUCACUUUGCCCGUGACUCACCUCCAUUUCGCCCCGAUGUGCUGGUGGUGAUCAUCUCCAUGUUGUCCUCUGCCCCUGUCCCUGUCUCCAACAUUAAUUUUGAGACUACAGCUCCAAAGUCCAUGGCAGUGAAGCUGCAGCCGCCAUCAGGGACAGAGCUCCCAGCUUUCAACCCCAUCCUUCCUCCUGCUGCUGUCACACAGAUUCUGCUGCUGGCAAACCCAAACAAGGAGAAGGUGCAGCUCCAGUACAGAUUAACCUUCACCAUGGGAGAGCAGGAGCACAGUGAGAGUGGCAGUCUAGAACAGUUUCCUUCUGCGGACACUUGGGGGAAUCUAUAGCAUUCAGAAGCAACCACCAUCAGACUGACUCUGCCUUCACACUUCAGCUUCCUUCCGACACAAACUCAACACUUUGCAUAAGACCGGUUUUCUCUGUAAUCACACGGUUCUUUCUGUGAUUGGUCUUGAUUGUUUUGUUUGGAUUACGCUCAUGCUCUGUCAGUGCAGCAGUGUGUGUGUGUUAUGCUUUGCUCUCAAUGAGUCUGUACGUAGCUGCUUUGAAACUACUUUCCCUGAGUUGUUGGGAGUCUACAAGCAGUGAUAUGAAGAGAGAAAAUGACCAGUGUGUGGAAAUCUGCUCAUUUGGUGCACUUGUUUCUUUAAAUUCAUUAUCAGUUCUGUUUACCGUCAUCUCUGCGCGCUCCAUUUUCAUAAUUCAGCACACCACAAGGGAAUGAACAUGAGCAUUACAUAGACACAGCUCGAUUAAUCGUUUGGUCCAUAAAAUAUCAGAAAACCUUAAAUGUUGAUCGGUGCUCGUCAAACCUGGACAUGAUGAUGUUCUCAAAUGUCUUGUUUUGUCCACAAACCAAAAUGAUUGAUUUGUUAUCCAGAGCAAAGAAAUAAAGAAAAUAUUCAUAUUUAAGAAGCUUAAACAAUCAGAAAUCUUGUUUUAAUCAUGAAAAAAGCUUCAAACCGAUUAAUUGAUUAUCAAAAUAGUUGUCGAUUAAUUUAGUAAUCGAUUAAUCGAUAAAUCGUUUCAGCUCUAAUCAUAUUCCCCUUUUGACAUCUGUGUGUGAUGAGUGAAUACCGUUUAAUUUUUUUUUUUACAGUGAGUCCUUUUUGAUUUGCACAGAAAGAUUUUUGAUCUUAUUUACAGUGCAAAAACGUAUCAGUUGUGUGUUACCUGCCACAUGUGCCUGUUUUGCAGUUCUAACAUCAGUUCAUUUUGAGUUUUUCCAUCUACUAGGGGUCAAUCAUAUUAGUUUUGUAGCCUGUCACCUAUAUUAUAAGCUAUAUUCUUAAUAUAUUCAAAACAUUUUCAUGGGGAUGAUAGCUUAAUUUAUCUAAUCUUUUCUUUAGCUUGUGAUUUAUAUAUGCAAACUGAGCUGCUCGGUGCAGUGUCUGUCUCAAACAUGCCCAACACGUCUCCCACAGUCUGCGAUGCAUGUCAGCCAUGCUGAUCACUUCCUCCUCCCAUAGGCUCCCAAUCACAUUCCACUGUACUACUCUCCAAUAUGACUGCUUUGUAAAUACCAAUGAUUGCAGUUCUGUUGUGUACAUUUGACUUGUGCAAAAGCAUAACACUUAAAAUAUUCCAAAUGGGUAAUAAAGUUUUUUUCUUGGUGA